AUGCCGACCGAUGAGAGACGAUCAAAUCUCAGGCUGCUCAGGAAGUCUUCGAUUCUGAACCAAGGCGACACAUGCAUGACUUUUGUCGGCGGUGUUGGUUUUGUUCUGCACAAAUCUGUCGUCAUUCUUGUCGAUCUUCACGAAAUCCUCACCUCGUCUGGCCAUUUUUCUCCUCCGCCCUCUACGCCAAAAACCCGUCAGUAUCGUCAACAGCUACUCACCAACAACUCACCGAGGAGCUGA